UUUUUUUUUUCUUUUGAAAAAAGGCAAGUGUCAACACGCGAAAGGUGCAAAACGCGAACGAUAUAAGGACGACCCGAUUUUGUUUCGCUUUGGUUCAUCAUCUAACUCUGGACUGCCGGCGCAGGCAACAGUUUCUCCUCGAACCCUAACCCCGCCUAGCUUGGAAGCUUUACUGAAAAAAUUCGCAGUUAUUCUGAUCGAGUUCGAGUCGCGGAAGAAGGCUGGAACUCGACAAUUUUUUUUUCCUAAAAUGGUUUAGGGUUUAUGCUAAAUUGUUUGGUUCAUUUGGAGAGACACACAUAGAGGGAUCUCUGCGGGAGCUUGAUUACUUAUCGAGAUUAGCGACCCGGGUACAUGGCUACUGCAGAGCCUGCUCCUACUUCCCUUGGGCCUCGUUACGCGCCGGAUGAUCCCAGUCUUCCAAAACCUUGGAAGGGGUUGAUUGAUGGAAGCACAGGCCUCUUAUACUACUGGAAUCCUGAAACAAACAUUACCCAGUAUGAAAAGCCAGCUGCUUUACCACCUCCUUUGCCACCUGGUCCACCACCUGCUGUGUCAACACCGAAGCUGGCUUCGGUACCGUCAGCCCAGCAAGUGCAACCAAAUGGCGUGGUAGGUCAGCAGGCGUCACAAAUGGUGCAAACCCCACAAAAUCAUGGGCAAGUAAUUCCGCAGCAGCAGGGUUCUCUGGGGGCUUCUGUUCCUCAGCAACAGCAUACUCAAAUGCCACAAACUGGGCAACAACAAAGUCCUCAAUUGGGACAAUCUGUGUUACAGCCAGGGCAGCUAACUCCACAGCAGCUUGGGCCACAAAUGUUGCAGCAUCCAGGGCAGCAAAUGCCUCACCUGAUCAAUCAGCAAUUACCACAACAGAUGGGGCCGCAAAUGCCAUUGCAGCCAGUGCAGCAAAUGCCACAGCAAUUGACACACUCACAGGGGCAUCAAUUUUCACAUCAGCAGAUGCAGUAUAUUGCAUAUCAGCAAUCAAUGCUUCCCCAGGGGCCUCAAGCAAUGCAGCAACAGAGUCCACAUAUUGCACAACUGCAGCAGUUUCCCCAUCAGCAAGAGCACAAAUCAGGAUUUGUGCAAAGGGAGGAAAUUGAUCUUCAACAAGGAAAACGAAUUGGGUUUUCUCCAUCGCAGGUCCAACAAUCUGGCGCCUCGUCUGUGCAGAACUUGCCUACUGGAACAAAUUCCAUUCAGAUGGCACAAAUGGGGGUUCAGUCCGGUCAGGCCCAGCAGUUUAGUGGCUCAUCAGUCAAUUUGCAGCAUCCUACUUCAUCAGCUCCACUGCAGCAAACUAGGACUGAGUUGGUUCCUCAGCAACAUGGUCCCAGGUUUCAGAAUCAGGUCGGCCCAGCAAUGAUGCAAAGUCAGCAGCCAACAGUGCCCCCUGCUGCAUUUAAAACAGGUUAUGAGGACAAUCUACAUGGAAGAGGUGGGAAUGAAUACUACUACAACACAAACAAGGAAGGCCCAGUUAUGGCUCCUCAGCAGCCCAAGCUUGCAGCAAUACCGAUGGCGAGAAAUCAGCAGGAUACAAGGAUGGGUGUUCCACUUCAAAAUGCCACUCCUGUUCAUGCUGGUGGAUUGAAUGCUCCACCUGGGCCUAACAUGCAUAACAUGUAUAAUCAUGCAACUGGUGGUCCUGCAUUUUCUAAUAUGAGGCAGCCUCCAACAGUUUUUGGAUCUUCAGAUGCUGCUAAUCUCUCACCUGUUGACGUUUAUCGUCAACAAAAUGAAGUUACGGCAACGGGUGACAAUGUUCCUGCUCCUUUCAUGACCUUUGAAGCCACUGGGUUCCCUCCAGAGAUACUAAGAGAGAUACAUUUUGCCGGUUUUUCUUCUCCUACACCUAUUCAAGCACAAUCAUGGCCUAUUGCCUUGCAAAAUAGGGAUAUAGUGGCCAUUGCAAAGACAGGUUCUGGGAAAACGUUGGGUUAUUUGAUCCCUGCCUUCAUUCUUCUUAGACGACGCCGUAAUAAUCCUGUACAUGGCCCCACAGUGUUAGUCUUGGCUCCAACUCGGGAGUUAGCGACACAAAUACAGGAGGAGGUUAUCAAGUUUGGUCGGUCUUAUAGAGUCUCUUGCACGUGCUUGUAUGGCGGAGCUCCAAAGGGACCUCAGCUAAAAGAACUAGACCGUGGAGCAGAUAUCGUUGUGGCAACUCCUGGUCGGUUGAAUGACAUCCUUGAGAUGAAGAAGAUUGAGUUUGGGCAAGUUUCUCUCCUUGUGCUUGAUGAGGCGGAUCGAAUGCUUGAUAUGGGUUUUGAACCUCAGAUCCGUAAGAUUGUGAAUGAGAUACCACCACACAGGCAAACUCUUAUGUACACUGCUACUUGGCCUAAAGAAGUGAGAAAAAUAGCAAGUGAUCUUCUAGUUAGUCCUGUACAAGUGAACAUUGGUAAUGUUGAUGAACUGGCUGCAAACAAGUCUAUUACUCAGUAUGUUGAAGUAGUGUCGCAAAUGGGGAAGCAGAAGCGCUUGGAGCAGAUUCUUAGAGCCCAAGAACGUGGCUCUAAAGUUAUUAUUUUCUGUUCCACAAAAAGGUUGUGUGACCAGCUAGCACGCAGUAUAGGGCGUAACUUUGGGGCUGCUGUAAUUCAUGGAGACAAAUCUCAAGGUGAGAGAGACUGGGUUCUGAAUCAGUUUCGAAGUGGCAAGUCCCCAAUUUUAGUUGCCACCGAUGUUGCUGCCCGGGGGCUUGACAUAAAAGACAUAAGAGUGGUAAUAAACUAUGACUUUCCGACUGGGAUUGAGGAUUAUGUUCACCGAAUUGGAAGAACUGGAAGGGCUGGGGCUACAGGAGUGUCAUAUACAUUUUUCUCAGAUCAGGACUGGAAAUAUGCUGCUGAUUUGAUAAAAGUUCUGGAAGGGGCUAACCAGCACGUGCCUCCUGAGGUGCGAGAGAUGGCUUUGCGUGGUGGGCCUCCUUUUGGCAAGGAUCGGGGUGGGAUUAAUCGUUUUGAUUCUGGCGGCAGCGGUGGGCGUUGGGAUUCUGGAGGCCGCAGUGGCAUGAGAGAUGGUGGCUUUGGUGGCCGUGGUAGCAUGAGGGAUGGUAACUUUGGUGGCCGUGCUGGUGGCUUCAGAGAUGGUGGCUUUGGUGGUCGUGGCAGCGGAAGGGAUGGUCCUUCUGGGGGCCAUGGUGCAAGAAAUGACUUCUUUCCUGGGCGUGGAAACAGGGGGCGGGGAUUUGGCAGCCCUGGUGGCAGUCAUGUUGGUUGGAGCAGAAAUGAACGCGGGCCACAUGAUCGCUACAACACAAUGGAUGGGCGUGGUCGUGGGCGUGGACGGAGCCGUUUUGAUAACAGGAGAGACUUUCCAGAUAGGAGUAGGGGCAGAAGCUAUAGCUCUAGCCCAGAAAGGGUUCGUACAUGGGGUUAUAGCAGAAGUAGAAGCAGAAGUCGGAGUUGGAGCCGGAGCCGGAGCCGGAGCCGGAGCAGGAGCAGGAGCCGUAGCUGGAGGCGGAGCCGGUCCCGUAGCCGUAGUCCUAGCUCUAGUCGUAGCUACAGUCGCAGCCGUAGCCACAGUCACAGUCGCAGCUAUGAUCGACAUGAGAGGCCGCGCGAACAAGAUGUUAAGAAAGACCUCACUGUGCAAGAAUUUGAGGCUCCUCCUGAAGCAAAGAUGUCUCCAAUGUCUGCCCUUACUCGGAGCAAUGCAUUUACAGGUUCUGAGCCUGCAGUGCAGCCAACGAUAGUUGAAACUACUGAACCGGUGCAACCUCAGGCUCCAGGAGACCCUCAUCACUAACCCCACAGGCUGAAGUUUAGGGUCCAGUGCAGAUGACGAUUUCUUUAAGUACGAUCUCUAUAUUUUUCACCCUUACGAUACUGGUCUACCCUGUGUUGAGAAAGGGUUGCUUUGGCAAUUCUGUUUGCAGCAAGAAAUGUUUUGGACGACGGGGGUGAGUUUGAACUGGAAUUGCAGAGCAGCUUGGUCGAGUAUUGAGCUGACUGGAUGAGUGUGCGAGAGGGUAAAAAUACACUCAAAUUCUUUUCCUGUAGGUUGGAUGGUAGUGUAGCUUCCAAGCACUUUUUCCCUUUUCUCUGGAGAGGGCUUUUUCAUUAUCAGGUUGGUGUUGAGAGGUUGGUGUCUGGUGAUGCCUCUUGCCCUUUGAACUCCCUUAUUUAUCCUAUUUUUGAGAAAGAAACACAGUUUGAAAGUUAAUAUUAUUAUCUCUAA